CAAAGUCAGCAGCAGUGAACACUAGUAUAAAUCAAACGGAUCAAGGCUCGAACAUGGAUCCAAGGCCCAGGAUGCUGAGACCUCAUCUCAUUUUAAUACUCGCAGUCAUUGUUCUUGAUGGUACCAUGUUGGCUGACAGCUUAAAUAUAAGACUUGUCAAUCCAAAUGGCUUCUGUUCUGGUAGAGUGGAAAUCUAUCAUAACGGCCAGUGGGGAACAGUAUGUGAUGAUGACUGGGACAUGAAUGAUGCAGCAGUGGUGUGCAGAGAGAUGGGAUGUGGCACAGCGGUCAGCGCCCCUCACAGUGCCCACUUUGGUCAGGGAAGUGACCCAAUACUUCUGGAUGAUGUUGGUUGUUUUGGAAAUGAAAGCUCCAUCACAGCAUGCAGUCAUAAUGGAUUUGGCGAACACGACUGUAGUCAUGGUGAAGACGCUGGUGUGAUUUGCUCAGGUCCUGAUGAGAUCAGGUUGGUGAAUGGUAAGAUUCGCUGUUGUGGCAGAGUGGAAAUCCAGCACAACGGCCAGUGGGGAACAGUAUGUGAUGAUGACUGGGACAUCAAUGAUGCGGAGGUGGUGUGCAGACAGAUGGGAUGUGGCAAAGCAGUCAGCGCACCACACAGUGCCCAUUUUGGUCAGGGAAGUGAACCAAUAUUGCUGGAUGAUGUUGGAUGUAGUGGCACUGAGAGCAACUUAACUCAAUGUUCACACAGAGGUUUUGGAACUCACAACUGUGGACAUCAAGAAGAUGCUGGAGUUGUUUGCUCAAUACUACAGAGUCCCUCACUCACCCUGACCUCAUCUCACUCUGCUGUAUCUGCUGGAGAGACUGUUCAGUUCAGAUGUGUCUCGCCGAGCCCAACCUGCAUCUCUGCAGACUUUCGUUUGUACAGAAAUGGGCAAUCGAUAAAAUCCCAAAAAGCUGAAUCUUCAACAACAUUUGUUUUGACUGUGGAUUCCUCACAUCAGGGUCAGUACAGCUGUGACUAUUCAUUCCAGGGAAGUAGCUCCAUCACAUCCUCCAGGAGCAGCUCCACAGAUCUCACAGUGGUAACUCUACCUGCACCAAGCAUCUCUCUCAGUCCCACCAAAGAAGUCACAUGGGGAGAGAAGGUUGACAUCACCUGCUCUGUACAAACCCAGCUCGCAGGUGGAUUCUUCACUCUGAUAAAGAAUUCUGGGUCAUUUAGAGAGACCAAGAGUGGAACCUCCAUCACCUUCAGUUUAUCAAAAGUGGACUUUGUUCAUGAGGGGUCUUACUACUGCCAGUACCACACCAGAGUGUCCAGUCGUGAUUUCAGUUCUCCACAGAGCAGCUCUGUUCAGUUUUCUGUCGUGGUUACUCUACCCACUCCACACAUCUCCCUCAGUCCCAUCAAAGAGGUCACAUGGGGAGAGAAGGUUGACAUCACCUGCGCUGUAGAAACCCAGUUCACAGGUGGAUCCUUCACUCUGAUACAGAACUCUGGGUCAUUUAGAGAGACCAAGAGUGGAACCUCCGUCACCUUCAGUUUACCAAAAGUGGACUUUGUUCAUGAGGGGUCUUACUACUGCCAGUACCAGACAAGAGUGUCCAGUCGUGAUUUCAGUUCUCCACAGAGCAGCUCUGUUCGUUUCUCUGUUGUAGUGAACUUGCUGCAGCCCAAUAUCUCCUUCAGUGCUCCUGAUGGAAGGUCCCAUUGGUGGCUUCAAGGGUCAGAGGCGACCAGGGGCUACAGCUUCUCCAUCAUCUGCUCCACCAAACCACAGUAUCCAGGAGGCUCCUUCCACUUGGAGUACAGUGGAUCCAAAAUCACCAUCACCAGAACUCAAUCAGCUGUUAACCACUCAACCACCUUCUUCUAUCCUGAGGCAGAUUUUGUCCACCAAGGAAGCUUCAGCUGUGUUUAUGAAGUCACUGUGUCUUCACGCACCUUUAGCUCUCCUACCACUGAACUCUUGGUUGUCUCUGUGAAAGUGUCACCAGUUCCCUUCAUCGCUUCUGGAGUGACAGCAGGACUGUUACUCAUGUUAGUGCCAAUCAUAAUUUUCUUCAUGAAGAGAAACAAAAACCAAAAAGAUCAUCAGAUGGCCGUGAAGACGGAUCAUAGACUUCGUGCCAGAAACACAUAUGGGGUUACCGGAGGAAACAAUGAGAUGGAUGAUGAAGAUUAUGAAAAUGCAGAAACUGUUUUUCACCAAAAAGAAGAUUCAGAUGAUUCUGAUGAGGACUAUGUUAACAUAGAUGUUGAUGUCAAAACUAAGGCAGUGGUCAGUUAUGGAGGUGCCAAAACCACAUGUGAGAUCACCAAUAGAGGGAACGAGACAGAUGAUGAUGAUGAUGAUGACUACGAUGAUUAUGAAAAUACAGAAGUCACUGUCCAGAAAAUGGACCAGAGAUCAGACCAGAGAGAGGAUUCAGACGUGUCUGACGAGGACUACAUCAACAUAGAUGAAGAAGCAGAGAAACUGGCCGUGGACAAUGACUAUGAGGAUGAACAAAUUCAUGCAAACACGGAUUAGUGUGGUAAACUAAACAAUUUCACAUGUGUCACUGUAAUUCAAACGCACUUUAACAGCAUCAGGAUAAAAAUAGUCAGUCAUUUUUUACAGUUAUUUAUAAAGAUGAGGAGGGGAGACCAGGGCUACCUCAGUCUGUAAAAUUCAGUGCUUGUUUGCACAAUACUUUUCAAACAUUCAUGCAACAUGCACUUAUUUGUCUGUAGCAAAUAGCAGUGAUAUACGAACACGCUUGAAUACUUAAUACCAACAGUGAUAGAAAGCAUGCCCACAAAGUGAUAUCUACCAGAGAAAUAGUUCAAGUUCAAAGCAUCAAACAAAAGAACAGAUAUUUAAAGUGUUAUUAGUGUAAACAUUUAAUCACAUAACACUGUGUGUAAGUGUGGUGCUAAAGACCUAUUCUCACCAAGUACGAUUUUUGGGGAUUUUUUUCUUUUUACAUAGCGGAGCCUUUACACAAAGUCUGACACUCUGAGAAUGUGGGAGGAGAACAGAAGAGAAAUGCUGAAUUGGUAAUAGUGAUUAUAAACUAAAGUUGUUUAAGCAAUGCAACUAAAAGGCAGACACAGUGGACUCAAAAUCAACCAAGCAUUAACAGACUAGGAUACACCCUGGCAGAGGUGCACAACAUAAUGAUAUUUGCAGGCACUGGCAGUUUAGUGGUUAGAGCUGUGGCUGAUUGAUCACUGGGUUAUGGUUUCAAUAAAUGGGUCUUCAAAAUUGCCACUGUUUGGGCCACUGAGCAAUGCAUUUAACCCUCCCUCCUCCAGGGGCCGCGUAUCAUUGCCGAGUCUGCGCUAAAAAUACUUGCUACUACUGCUUGUUAUCUGUUCUGCAGCUAUUCAGAGAAUGGAUCUCAACUUGUCAGUCUGAUUUUAAAAUGCUGGAUCUGAUUAAUAAUGUUACAGCAGUUUUACACACAAUGUAAAAGGUGGUGUUAAUAUGUAUAUAUUCAUUUUCAAACCCUGAUAAGUGUUUAUUUUGUCCAUUAAAAUGAAGUCAGUGCUCGAAUUUGCAACCAGGGAUCACAAGUUUGAGCCCUGUUGAUGCUACAGCCGUCCAUGGCUGGGAGUCCAAGAGAGCGCAACUUGCCUCGCGUUUACCAAGACGAUGCUAGUCAGCGCAGGUUUAUGUUAGCGGAUGUAAUAGAUCUGGUGGUUGGUGCUGUCCAAUGAUGUUGCAUGACUGGCAGUUCGAAAAGAGGCAGAGGCACUUCAAAGUUCUCAGAGGAAACCUGUGUUAGCCUUCACCCUCCUAGCAUUGGUAGCACUGUGUAAUUGAGGGAGUCAUAACUAGCGAGUGGAAUUAGAGACGACUAAAUUGGGGAGGGGGGGAGCAGAUGACGACGCUUACCUUACUUGAAAUGUGAUUAAGCCUGUGGUUCCUUGGCUAGUUUCCUAUACAUUACUUGAAAUGUAACGACUGUCAGUCACGACAUUGCUAGGUUAGGAUGUACUUAAACUAGCAAACUCUGCUGGAGUGCAUUCAGGACUAUAGUAGGCCACACCAAGUAAGAACAUUUAACCUCAAUUAAUAAGUAGCAUGAUAUGAUUUAAUUAUCCAGACAUGAGGUUUUACUUUCGUACUUUAAUUUUUUUUUUUUUCCAUGUACAUAGUGUUUCACAGAAAGUCAGCUUAGGAGGGCAACUGUAUCAACAAUAGUGAUAAAUUACGUUUGAUAUUAAACUAUAUUUGACAUGUGAAACUACGCAAGGUAUUUUGUCUGUUUGAAUCUUCAAUAUCUACAUUUAAGCCAGAGCUCAAAUGCUAAUGCUUAGUGCUAACAAAACAUAGGACUAAAUGAACAAAGCCUACAGUAAAUACUCUGUAAAUACUUUACAGUUCAUAAAAAGUUGCAUGCAGAUUUGACGUUGCAAUUACUAGUAUUUCAUUAUUUUUAACCAAUUUUUAAUUUGCACUUUAUACAACAAUGAA